UGUUUUGAGAGCGAAACGUGUGCAAGUGACCGUUCCACGGGCGUGGAUCUUCGGGGUAUCUCCCGACAUGUCUUUGGUAGUUGGAAUUGUUCCGUGUUGCAGAAAGUCUGCGCGUCUUUUCGUCGGUGAAUUUCUUGCGGCUGUUGCUUGAUGCUUUGCGGCGCACGCGGCGCCCACUCUCUCCUGUUGCUUGUCUACGAGGGCAACCUAAUAAACGACUUUACCAUCUCUUCAUCCCUGUCAACCUGGUCAGCCGUGCUUAUCCAGCAGCACUAGGCUUGGAACCAAUCAACACUGUAGAGUGAAGGUUAACCCCAUAGUCUAUUCCCCUGGUGAAGCGGACACAUGUCGGCUGGAUCUGGAGAUGCUGGCAAGGGCAAGGCAGCCCCGACUCACGAGGAGCUCAGGACUGCCGUCGACGAGGCCACCGCCAGAAUGGAGAGUAUCAUGACCGAGAAGUUAGGGACCGUCAUGGAAGCCCUGUCUCGGUUAGUGCCCGAGACACCGCCCGCCGGAAGUACGACCGGAGCGGGCGGCGGGGGAGAGUCACGGGGGGGAAGGCACGCCCCUCCCGGCGCUGGUCGUGUGGAUCAAGCGCCGACCACCGGACAGGGGCUCGAGGGAGCACGAGGACUGCCGGACACAGCCCCGCAAGGACCCACGCUGCCGUCUGUGGGGGACUUCUCGCACGAUAGCUCAACCAGUGACCCGCUGGCACGGUACGACCCAAUCAUGAAUGCCCGGAUCCCGCGCCUCAAGCAGCUAAGCUUCGAUGGCCAAGAAAAGAACUGGCUAAUGUUCAAGAACGACUUCACGACGCAGGUGCAAACGUGCGGAAUGAUGCAUGCUCUCAACGAUAGCCGAGACAUGGAGGUGUGCCAGAGGUGCGGAGGAAGAGGGCACCAUGUGAAAAUAUGCGCAUCGAAAGUGGGGAGUGAAGUUGCCGUGGCCGCGAUGGAAGUAGAAGAGUCGGACGUCGCGUACAAAGCGCUUUGAAUAUUCCGGCGUGUUGCUAUGCUGUCCAUCAAAUCUGUCUCUUCCCCCGUGUGCGAUCGGUUUUUUUUUUCUGGAAAGCUGCCUCCGAAUGCCCGACGAUGCAACUGUUGUUAUAAAUUGUUGGACGUCAUCUUUUUCUCCGGGCGUGUGUGUGUCUUGUUUUUUCCUGAUUUGCUUGCUGCCCCCUUGUGGUUGUAGCUGUUACGCAGGCAGCCUACGAAACUCGACGUUGCUUGUCUGGUCGCCCAUGCUCAUCUUAGUAACUCGUCGUACAGGUAGAUGCAUGAGGCGUCCUUGCAUGAUGAAUAUUGAUGGUGGUGUGGCAUUCUGUUGUCUCAUUUUGGUAUGGAUGACCCGCGAGGCACCGCGGUCACACUGAAUUGAUCGAUAAUGUCGGAAUUAUUUUUUUCAGCCUAUACAGCAGUUUUAGGCUGAGAUAUUUGCUCUGAAGUCAGGGAGGGUUGACGUAGGAAGCUGCGCCCCUUUUUCUUUUUGUGAUGGAUGGCUACCAGUGUCUCCCAUUGUAGCAGUACCAACAAGUGGGUUGAUGAGCUGUUAUUGGUCGAGAUACUGCUUGAUCUUUCACUGAUGCACAGGUCGAGGGGGGCACCCUUCCCUGCGAUGUGAUUGAUUGCCCUCUUUAAUGUCCUUCCGCUGAGAACAAUGUAGCGUUGGUUUUUCGCUUUUCUGUUAUUGAUCGACAACGGUGCUCGGGGUUGUAGACGAGCCCCGGUGCUGGCGGCAACUUGAUACAGUAGGGAUCCUGUUGCUGGGAGGGGACUGCUUGAAAAGGAGUGGUGAAUAUGUCUAUAACCAGUGUCUCCCGUAGCGAUGUAACUGUUUGAGGUUGAGUGCUGCUUGGUCUACCUCUGAUGUACAGGUUUUGAGGGGGGCACCUCUCCCUGCGAUUUGGUAGACUGCCCUUUUCUAGAAGUCAGUUGGGAGCGAUGUAGCGUCAGAUUUUGUCGUUUUUUCCGCUGUGAUAAGCGAUGUAGCGUCAAAUUUUUCGUUUUUCCGCUGCUUUUUGGCCUUGGUGCCUGGGGCUGUAGACGCGCCCCGGCGCUUACAGCAACUUGAUACAGGAAGGAUCUCGUUGCUGGGAGGGGGCUACUUGAUAAGGAGUAGCAAAUGUCUGAUAUCAUUUGUAAACGCGGAGGUUUGCAAUUUGGUGACUGCUGUGUUGAUUUUGUGUUGACAUGUCAUUCAGCAGGACGACCUUGGAGGCGGAGGGUUUUGAUCCGGUGGCCGGGUUUCCCUUCGUUUAUUUUUUCUUUUCUAUGAGUACCCUGAAUAUCUCGAUUUUGCGAGCAUUCGUGACGAUGUACAGAAUCAGGGAGGGUGUCCGUGAGGUGGAUUAUGUCAUCCUUUCGAACACUAGACUACUCGGUAGUACUCAUGUUGUAUGGUUUGAGAGCGAAACGUGUGCAAGUGACCGUUCCACGGGCGUGGAUCUUCGGGGUAUCUCCCGACAUGUCUUUGGUAGUUGGAAUUGUUCCGUGUUGCAGAAAGUCUGCGCGUCUUUUCGUCGUUGAAUUUCUUGCGGCUGUUGCUUGAUGCUUUGCGGCGCACGCGGCGCCC